UUCCCACUGACAGCCCCAUUUAGUUCCCUUGCUUAAUGCAGAUCCCUGAUGCAGGCUCACGUGGGUCUGUAAAUGACACAAUGAGGACUAGCUAUUCCCAGUCCUCUGAAGCUUGUACACGCUUGGAUUGGUACAGUCGUCGUUUCUUGCAGGUGAACUCAACAUCUUUGCGUCCCAAUGCUGCAGCUUUGUUUGUUUGUUUUCUCACCCCCUACCCCUCCGCCUUUUUAGUGAGCCCAGAAUAAGGAAAUAUAAGAGAUAUUUUUAAAAAGAAAGAAAGGAAAAAAAUCCAUGUCAUAUGCUAUAGCAGAGGCAGCAGGAGCAACCGCGGUAGCAGCAGCAACAGCAACACAGCAGCAGCAAGUCAUUAAGUCAGACUGCACCAUUUUCUUCUCACCCUGCAUAAGAGGUGCUCCGGGGAGCUGCGAUCAACUGCCCACCCCCUCUCAGUACCUCGGAGGUGGCUUCUUCCUGGCCUCAGUUGGUGGGCACAGAUUGUCUGGAGGAGUUGCAAGAGGCUCCUCCAGUUGGGGAUGUAUACCUAAAAGAUGGCUGUUUCAACUGGUAAGCUGCUUAUUUGCAGUUGUGCUCGGAGAACCGCAGAAGAGGCUCUAGUCUACUGCUCAAUUUUGGAUGUUUUUCUUUUUUUUCCCACUUGGCAUCUAGUUCUCUCUGUGUGAACAUUUGUGUGCAGGUGUGUAUUUGUGGGAGUGUUUUGGUAUGCUGCAGUGAAUUAUGGGUGGUGCAGAGGCUAAAGCAAGAGUGUGACCUAUCACGAAGGAAGAGAAGUGGACGAUUUUGUGCGUAGUUCUCUUCCCAGCUGUUGCCGCGUUGGGGGAUAAAUCUAUUUAUAUGCAACAUCACCUGGAUUGCUUUGUAGUAGAAAUUGACUCUCAGAAACUAUUACUGCCUGCUUCUGCAAAAUGGCUCAUGCUGCUGCUUCCAUUAAAAAAGUUCGAGAAGCUGAGCUCGAUGAAAAGGAGAAAAACCUUGAGAGGGAAAGAAAAAAACAACGGAAAAUCCCUAGAGAACGAAUAGAGAGGAAACGCAAGUCUGACAGCAAUGCCAGCUUUCUCAGAGCGGCCAGAGCUGGCAAUCUUGACAAAGUGGUAGAGUAUUUGAAAGGAGGAAUAGACAUCAAUACAUGCAAUCAGAAUGGACUCAAUGCCUUGCACCUGGCAGCCAAGGAAGGCCAUGUGGGACUGGUCCAGGAGUUAUUGGAAAGAGGAUCAGCGGUAGAUUCUGCCACUAAGAAGGGAAAUACAGCUCUACACAUUGCAUCAUUGGCUGGACAAGCUGAAGUUGUCAAAGUUCUGGUUAAGGAAGGAGCUAAUAUCAAUGCACAAUCUCAGAAUGGCUUCACUCCUUUAUACAUGGCAGCUCAAGAGAAUCAUCUUGACGUAGUGAAAUAUCUGUUGGAAAAUGGAGCUAAUCAGAGCACUGCUACUGAGGAUGGCUUCACUCCCCUGGCUGUCGCACUACAACAGGGACACAACCAAGCUGUGGCAAUCCUCCUGGAGAAUGAUACAAAAGGAAAAGUGCGACUGCCUGCCCUUCAUAUUGCUGCUAGGAAAGAUGACACCAAAUCUGCAGCCCUCCUGCUCCAGAAUGACCACAAUGCUGAUGUUCAAUCCAAGAUGAUGGUGAAUAGGACAACUGAGAGUGGUUUUACCCCAUUGCACAUAGCUGCACACUAUGGAAAUGUUAAUGUGGCAACACUUCUUCUUAAUCGUGGAGCUGCUGUGGACUUCACAGCCAGGAAUGGCAUUACUCCUCUACAUGUAGCUUCCAAAAGGGGAAACACAAAUAUGGUGAAGCUGUUAUUGGAUCGUGGAGGGCAGAUUGAUGCCAAAACCAGGGAUGGGCUGACACCACUUCAUUGUGCAGCACGGAGUGGGCAUGACCAGGUAGUAGAACUUCUUUUAGAACGAGGAGCCCCCUUGCUGGCAAGGACCAAGAAUGGACUGUCUCCACUUCACAUGGCUGCGCAAGGAGACCAUGUUGAAUGUGUGAAACAUCUGCUACAGCAUAAGGCCCCAGUGGAUGAUGUCACCCUGGAUUAUCUGACUGCCCUCCAUGUUGCUGCACACUGUGGCCACUACCGUGUGACCAAACUUCUCCUGGACAAGAGAGCUAAUCCUAACGCCAGAGCCUUGAAUGGUUUUACUCCACUGCACAUUGCGUGCAAGAAAAACCGCAUCAAAGUCAUGGAACUUCUGGUGAAAUAUGGGGCUUCAAUCCAGGCUAUAACAGAGUCUGGCCUCACACCAAUACAUGUGGCUGCUUUCAUGGGCCACCUGAACAUAGUCCUCCUUCUGCUGCAAAAUGGAGCCUCUCCAGAUGUCACUAACAUUCGUGGAGAGACUGCACUACAUAUGGCAGCCCGGGCUGGGCAGGUGGAAGUAGUCCGUUGCCUUCUAAGAAAUGGUGCUCUUGUGGAUGCCAGAGCCAGGGAGGAACAGACUCCCUUACACAUUGCUUCUCGCCUGGGUAAGACAGAAAUAGUCCAGCUGCUUCUACAACAUAUGGCUCACCCAGAUGCAGCCACUAAAAAUGGAUACACACCUCUGCACAUUUCAGCCAGGGAAGGCCAGGUAGAUGUGGCAUCGGUACUUUUGGAAGCAGGAGCAGCUCACUCUUUAGCUACUAAGAAAGGAUUUACACCACUUCAUGUAGCUGCAAAAUAUGGAAGCCUGGAUGUGGCAAAACUGCUCUUUCAACGUCGUGCUUCCCCAGAUUCCGCUGGCAAGAAUGGCCUCACUCCACUUCAUGUUGCUGCUCAUUAUGAUAACCAGAAGGUGGCACUGCUGCUACUGGAGAAAGGUGCAUCUCCUCAUGCCACUGCCAAGAAUGGCUAUACUCCAUUACAUAUUGCUGCUAAGAAGAAUCAGAUGCAGAUAGCUAUGACAUUACUGAAUUAUGGAGCAGAAACCAGCAUUGUGACAAAGCAAGGGGUCACUCCGCUUCAUCUGGCCUCUCAGGAAGGCCAUACGGACAUGGUAACCUUGCUCCUAGAUAAAGGAUCUAACAUCCACAUGUCAACUAAGAGUGGGCUGACAUCCUUGCAUCUUGCAGCUCAAGAGGAUAAAGUGAAUGUUGCUGAAAUCCUUACUAAGCAUGGGGCCAACAAGGAUGCUCAGACUAAGCUUGGUUAUACUCCUUUGAUUGUGGCUUGCCAUUAUGGAAAUGUAAAAAUGGUCAACUUUCUUCUGAAGCAAGGAGCAAAUGUCAAUGCAAAAACCAAGAAUGGCUACACCCCUCUGCAUCAAGCUGCUCAACAAGGCCAUACUCACAUCAUCAAUGUACUUCUCCAGCAUGGAGCCAAGCCAAAUGCCAUUACCACUAAUGGCAACACUGCCCUAGCCAUUGCUAAACGUCUGGGAUAUAUCUCUGUGGUCGAUACACUGAAGGUUGUAACUGAGGAAGUUACCACUACCACAACGACUGUUACUGAGAAACAUAAGUUAAAUGUACCUGAGACAAUGACCGAGGUCCUUGAUGUUUCUGAUGAAGAAGGUGAAGAUACCAUGACAGGAGAUGGUGGGGAAUAUUUGAGACCUGAAGAUUUGAAAGAACUAGGUGAUGAUUCUUUGCCCAGCAGCCAGUUCCUUGAUGGUAUGAGUUACCUGAGAUACAGCUUAGAGGGAGGACGAUCAGACAGCACCAUACCCGGUCUUCGCUCCUUCAGUUCAGACAGGUCCCACACCCUGAGCCAUGCCUCCUAUCUGAGAGAUAGCACCAUGAUUGAUGAGACAGUUGUGAUCCCUAGCCACCAGGUAUCAACUUUGGCCAAAGAGGCAGAAAGGACUUCUUAUCGUCUCAGCUGGGGUACUGACCAUUUAGAUAAUGUGGCCCUUUCUUCCAGUCCAAUUCAUUCUGGCCACUCAUCUCCAUGUCUUGAUCGUGACAACAGCAGUUUCCUGGUUAGUUUUAUGGUGGAUGCCCGAGGUGGUGCUAUGCGGGGCUGCAGACACAAUGGGCUAAGGAUAAUUAUUCCACCUCGGAAAUGUACUGCUCCAACACGAGUCACUUGCCGACUAGUCAAACGCCAUAGACUGGCCACAAUGCCUCCAAUGGUGGAAGGAGAAGGCCUGGCCAGCCGUCUGAUUGAAGUUGGACCUUCUGGUGCUCAGUUCCUUGGUAAACUUCACCUGCCAACGGCUCCUCCCCCACUUAAUGAGGGAGAAAGCUUGGUCAGCCGAAUCCUUCAGCUGGGGCCUCCUGGAACCAAAUUCCUUGGGCCUGUGAUUGUGGAGAUCCCUCAUUUUGCGGCUCUUCGAGGAAAAGAGAGGGAACUAGUGAUUCUUCGAAGUGAAAAUGGUGAUAGCUGGAAAGAGCAUUAUUGUGAAUACACAGAGGAUGAAUUGAAUGAAAUCCUAAAUGGCAUGGAUGAAGUGCUUGAUAACCCAGAAGAUUUGGAAAAGAAGCGGAUAUGUCGCAUCAUUACUCGAGACUUCCCACAGUACUUUGCAGUGGUGUCCCGUAUCAAGCAGGACAGCAAUUUGAUUGGACCAGAGGGAGGUGUGCUAAGCAGUACUGUGGUAUCCCAAGUGCAGGCUGUUUUCCCUGAGGGAGCACUAACAAAGCGAAUCCGUGUUGGUUUACAGGCCCAACCUAUGCACAGUGAACUCAUCAGGAAGAUCCUGGGCAAUAAAGCUACUUUCAGUCCAAUAGUCACUUUGGAACCCAGAAGAAGAAAAUUUCACAAGCCAAUCACAAUGACAAUUCCUGUCCCCAAAAUCUCCAGUGAUUGCAUGCUGAAUGGUUUUGGGGGUGACACACCUACUUUAAGGUUACUAUGCAGCAUAACAGGUGGAACGACUCCAGCACAGUGGGAAGAUAUCACAGGGACCACACCACUUACAUUUGUCAAUGAAUGUGUUUCCUUUACAACUAAUGUGUCUGCCAGGUUUUGGUUGAUAGACUGUCGACAAAUCCAAGAAUCUGUUACUUUUGCUUCCCAAGUUUAUAGAGAAAUUAUCUGUGUACCCUAUAUGGCCAAAUUUGUAGUGUUUGCCAAAUCACAGGAUCCCAUUGAAGCACGACUGAGAUGUUUCUGCAUGACAGAUGACAAAGUGGACAAGACUCUAGAACAACAGGAAAACUUUGCUGAGGUUGCACGGAGCAGGGAUGUGGAGGUAUUAGAAGGAAAACCUAUCUAUGUGGACUGCUUUGGGAAUCUGGUACCACUAACAAAGAGUGGUCAACAUCACAUAUUCAGUUUUUUUGCCUUCAAAGAAAAUAGACUUCCACUAUUUGUCAAGGUGCGAGAUACAACUCAGGAACCUUGUGGAAGACUUUCAUUUAUGAAAGAGCCCAAAUCAAGCAGAGGAUUAGUGCAUCAAGCAAUCUGCAAUUUAAAUAUCACAUUGCCACUUUAUACUAAGGAGUCAGAUUCAGAUCAAGAACAGGAGGAAGAGAUCGAUAUGACAUCAGAAAAAAAUGAUGAAACAGAAUCUACAGAAACAUCUGUCGUGAAAAGCCAUCUCGUUAAUGAAGUUCCUGUCCUAGCGAGCCCGGACUUGCUCUCUGAAGUUUCUGAGAUGAAGCAAGAUUUGAUCAAGAUGACCGCUAUCUUGACAACAGAUGCCUCAGAUAAGACAGGCUCUAUUAAGGUGAAGGAGUUGGUGAAGGCAGCUGAUGAAGAGCCAGGCGAGCCCUUUGAAAUUGUUGAAAGAGUUAAAGAGGACUUAGAGAAAGUGAAUGAAAUUUUGAGAAGUGGAACAUGCACCAGAGAAGAACGGUUAAAUCAGAAGUCUCAGUCAGGGACAGAAUUAGUAGAAGAAGAGUGGGUUAUUGUCAGUAAUGAGGAAAUUGAAGAGGCUAAGCAAAAGGCUCCCUUAGAAAUUACUGAAUCUCCAUGUGUAGAGGUUAGAAUAGAAACAGGGAAAAGAGAAGAAGUUAAAAAAGACCCAACUGGGAUUGUGAAGUAUCUCACUGAUGAUCUAAAUUCCUUUGAUAGUCUUCAUGAAAUGUGGCCACAGACAGGCCAAGAUUCAGUAGGAAAGAAAUCUGAGGCUACUGUUAUUAGCAGGAGUUCAGAAAAGGAGAGACAAGAUGAGAAACAGAAUACACAAGAACCACACAGACCAACCUUGGGAAUAAAGAAGCCAGUGAGGAAGAAAUUAAAAGAAAAGCAAAAGCAAAAAGAAGAAAAUUUACACACUAGUGAAGGAACAACUGAUCUUAAAAAAUGUAGCUCAGAGGAGUCAUUAGAUGAGGAACCAGGCUUAGCAAUUGAAGCUGGACACAGUAUAAGAGCUGUGUCUCCAGUAAUAGAAGAAACCCCCAUUGGCUCAAUAAAAGACAAAGUAAAAGCACUACAGAAACGAGUAGAGGAUGAACAGAAAGGCCGCAGCAAAUUACCUGUCAGAGUGAAAGGCAAAGAGAGUAUGACUCAGGAGAUCCCUAAAAAGACAAUUCACAGGUCACAUCUGCCUGUGUCAUCGUCAGCUAAAACAGAAAGACAUUCACCUGUUUCACCCUCCACGAAGACAGACAGACAUCCUCCUGUUUCAGGCUUAACAAAAACAGAGAAACAAUCACCUAUAUCAUCCUCAUCCAGAAGUGAAAGGCCUGCACCUAUGUCAUCCUCUGGGAAAACAGAGAAACAUCCAUCUAUAUCACCAUCCAGUAAAACAGAGAGACGCCCACCUAUGUCACCUUCUGGGAAAACAGAGAAACACUCAUCUGCAUCAUUUUCUGGGAAAACAGAGAAACACCUGCCCAUAUCACCCUCUGGGAAAACAGAAAGACAUCCUUCUACUUCAUCAUCCUCAAAAACAGAAAAGCACCCACCUGUAUCACCCUCCUCAAGAACAGAGAAACACUCACCUGCAUCACUCUCCUCAAAAGCAGAGAAGCACCCACCCAUAUCAUCCUCCUCAAAAGCAGAGAAGCAUCCACCUGCAUCACCCUCCUCAAAAACAGAGAAGCACCUGCCUGUAUCACCCUCCUCAAAAGCAGAGAAGCACCUGCCUAUAUCACCAUCAUCAAGAACAGAAAGACUUGAAGAGACAAUGUCAGUUCGAGAAUUAAUGAAAGCCUUCCAGUCAGGUCAGGACCCAUCUAAACAUAAAGCUGGAUUAUUUGAACACAAAUCUUCAAAACAAAAAUCACCACCAGAAAAAGGAAAAAUCCGGGUAGAAAAAGAAAGGGGACAGCCACUAACACAGAAAGAAAGCUCCCUGAAAUCAGAAAGUCAAACAAUCAAACGAGGCCAAAAAUUUCAAGCAAUAGCAGUUUUUGAUUCUAAGAGAGGAGCUCGAAUCUCUGGAGCCAUUAAGAGAGAGGAUAUAGUUGAUGAAAAAGAGAAUGCUUUGGGUCUAACAAUAUCUGAACCAGCUCACUCUGUGCUUCAAGAAGAAAGCAUGACAGAGAGUUUCUUUACAAAGGAAAAGGGAGUUGAUGACUUAGGGGACUUUGAUCUCCAAAUCAGCCCAGACAGAAAAACCUCAACUGACUUUUCUGAGGUCAUAAAGGAAGAGCUAGAAGAUAAUGACAAAUAUCAACAGUUUCGACAAUAUAAAAAUACAGAAAAGGCACAGAUCCACUUAGACAAAGUGCUGACAAGUCCAUUCAGUGCCACUUUUCCAUCUGAUUACAUGAAGAGUGGGUUUGUACCAGAGCUAACAUUAGAGAGCAAUGCCUUAGAUAAUAGCUGUGAAAACCUUAAACAUGAAGGAGUAGCUGCUUCUCCAUGUGGAAGUCUUAUGGAAGGGACACCACCUCAGGUUAGUUCAGAGGAAAGCUAUAAGCAUGAGGGACUUGCAGAGACUCCUGAGACAAGCCCCGAAAGCCUUUCUUUCUCAACAAAGAAAGCAGAUGAGCAAAUUGGGGAAACAAAGGAAACUACUGUGGUAGAUGGGCCAACUGAAACUCAUUCAGCAAAACAUCACUCCACAAUCAAAGACAUUACCUAUGCUUCUGAAAAGCCAUUUGCUGUAGUUAAUGAGACUAUGAAGCCUACUACCGAGUGUCUUUCAAAAGAGGUUGAUGGGGACUGUUCCAGAGAUAUAUGCCACAGACAAGAAGUUGGUUGCAUGAAAGCACUUGCCAAAGAAGCCAGCAAUGAAAGUCAGCUGAUGCUUGAUAGCUUAACUUCCCUGACACAAGCUGGUGAUGAGGACAAAGAAUCAAUUACCAUUGAAGACACAGAUCAGACAAAAGCUCCAGAAGUUUCUGACACUUCCAUACAGAAAGGUGAAAACAUGGACACCUCUGUAAAAAAAGGUAAAGAGACAGAAUCUGAGCACUGUGGAAGUAUUAGAAAUCCCCAGGGACUAGAACUUUCCCUUCCCAGCCAUGAUAGUGAAGGCCUCAGCCCUGUAGCUGAUGAAUCAUUGGCAAUCAGUCACAAAGACUCUUUGGAAGCAAGUCCAGUCCUAGAAGACAAUUCCUCCCAUAAAACCCCAGAUUCUUUAGAGCCAAGUCCUUUGAAGGAGUCGCCUUGCCGUGAUUCCCUUGAAAGCAGUCCUGUUGAGCCAAAGAUGAAGACUGGAAUUUUCAUAGGUCAUGUUUCACUUCCUGCAUCCUCCGCCAAAGCUGAAGUCUUCACAGAACUAGCUUCUGUGCGUUCGAGGUUUCUCCGUGACCCUGAUGGUAGUGCUGAGGAUGACAGCUUGGAACAAACCUCUUUAAUGGAGAGUUCUGGGAAGAGUCCUCUUUCUCCUGACACCCCCAGCUCAGAAGAGAUUAGUUAUGAAAUCACACCCAAAGCAACUGAUGCUGAUGCACCUAAACCAGCAGUAAUCCCUGAAUGUAAAGAAGAGGAUGAUUCUGAAAAUGGAGAAAAGAAGAGAUUCACCCCUGAAGAGGAAAUGUUUAAAAUGGUAACCAAGAUAAAAAUGUUUGACGAACUUGAACAGGAAGCCAAACAAAAGAGGGACUGCAAAAAGGAAUGUAAACAAGAAGAAUCCUCUAUGGUCUCUGAGCUAGAUUGUGACAAUACAAUUUCAACAGAAGUAAAAAAAUCUAUGGCAAGUGAGGAAAGGAAAGGAGACAUUCCAGAUAUCGCAGUUGUGACAUCUGAAAGCAGGAAGGCAUCUUCAUCAUCAGAGAGUGAGCCUGAGUUGACCCAGCUGAAGAAAGGUGUCUCGGAUCUCCUACUAGAGCCAGUCAUCCGAGUACAGCCUCCUUCUCCACUUCCAUCUGACAUUGACUCCAAUUCCAGCCCUGAAGAAGGAUUCCAGCCCAUUGUUUCUAAACAAUAUACUUUCAAAAUAGAGGAAGAGACCCAGCAAGAAUCAGCAAAGCCAACAAUGGACAAAGAUUCUGAAUCUCCUUCCCCUGAGGAAAAACACACCAUUUCUGUUGAAGAAUCAGAGAAUCUGCAGUUUGAUCCAAGCAAGGAGAUAGAAACUGGCAAAGCAGAGACUUGUACUGGACAUGGAUGUGAACCCUGCAGUCCUAAUGAGCCAGCCAUUUCAUUCCAUCCAGAUAUCCAAACUUCCACUGGUGAUGAUUUUGAAGAGAAAUCAGUGGCCCAUAAAAAAUCAUUACAUCAACAAGAUACUCAGGAAAAAGACAUAGUGGGAGAAAAGUUAAAUCUUGAUAUUUCCAAAAUCAAAUCUAUCAAAGUAGAUUGUUCCUGUGAAGAAAAAUCUCAGUUCUUAUUCCCAGUUUCCCAUUGCUCAACAACUGAUAAAACAGAACCAGAUAAAGACAUUUCCAUCACAUCCUCAGCUGUAGAAUUAGAUAUUGCAAAAAGUGAUCACAGUUUUGAGAGCUCUCCCAAGAACAUUCUUACUGAAGACCUAUCCAUUGCUAUUGAAACAGACAAAUUGUCCAUAAGUGUUCCUGUAACUGAUGCAGCUUACACUGAUGAAUGUACAGAUCUACACAUCACAAGCCCUUAUGAAAAUGUCCCUUCCCAAUACUUUUUUUCUAGUGAACAAAGUAAGAUCAAAACAAUUACUGGACAAACAGAAGACUUGCUUUCCACUGAAGCUCAUUCUAUUAACAUAAAAUCAUCUAUUAAUGAUACAAUAAUGGAAAGUUCCCUUAGUGAAUCUGUUUCAAGAGAAAUGUCACUUUUUGAAGACCAAUAUAUGGAAAUAGAAUCAAAACAAGAAAAUUCCCUGCAAACAGGUGAUACUGCCUCAUCCUUAGGAAUACCUGCAUCUCCUAGUGAGCAUAGAAGUAAGGUCAUCAUCACUAAAACUGAUGUGGAUUCCGAUUCAUGGAGUGAAAUACGGGAAGAUGAUGAAGCAUUUGAGGCUCGAGUGAAAGAAGAAGAACAGAAGAUUUUUGGAUUGAUGGUAGAUAGGCAGUCACAGGGUACAACACCUGAUACCACACCUGCUAGAACACCAACAGAAGAGGGGACACCUACAAGUGAACAAAAUCCCUUUCUCUUCCAAGAAGGAAAGCUGUUUGAGAUGACCAGAAGUGGUGCCAUUGACAUGACCAAACGAACCUAUGCAGAUGAAAGUUUUCAUUUUUUCCAAAUUGGGCAAGCCAACCAGGAGACUGUAUCCAAAGACAUAAAAGAAGGAAUGACAAAAGUGGAGCCCUCUCAAUUGGAGAGAUUACCAGAGUCGGUGAUAGAUUCUGAAGAUACAGAUUUGUUAACAGAAGACUUGAGUGAGAAAGUAGAUGAAAAAGCUUCUACAGAUGCUGGAGUUAUCAAAGCUAACCAUACAUCAGGAAUUCCAGUGAAAGUGGGAAUUUCAACUUCCUUUCAAUCAACCACAAAAGAAGUUAUUUCCACAGACACUGCAGACACUGAGACUUUCUCCUCUCAGGAAACUGGUGAUAUGGCCAGUGUGUGCACCAUAGCUCAGAUAUCUUGUUCUGACUCCCCUGAGCCUAUUACAGAAGCUCAGUUAGAUUUUCCUACUGUCACAAGGUCUGUCUAUUUUGAACAAGAGGAUGAUUCCCCAGAUUCUUCCCCUGAGGAUCAGAAAUCUGUAAUUGAAAUACCCACUGGAGCCACGGAGAAUGUGCCUUCUGCUGAAAGCAAGUCCAGAAUUCCUGUCCGGACUUUAUCAGCUUCAUCCUCAGAAUUACCAUCCAUAGAAUGUGAGGUUUCUCUUUCUGAGGAUUCUCCACUCAGUCCAAAUGAUGAAAGUAAGAAUGAUGAAGCAAAACCAAAGUCUAAAAUCCCCAUCAAAGCUUCCUUCCAAAGAGUUGAGCAGCAGUUUACAUACACAGAGACAUCUGACCAGCAGACAGUGACUCCUCAGCCCUCAGAGCCAAUAAAUAAAGGACAUGAUAAUCUAAGUAAAUCUGAAUCUGAUGCUAGCUCUUGGGACUCAAAGACCAAACAUUCAGUGAAAGCUAGAAAUUAUGUUGAGGUAGAAUCAGAGACCAGAGAGAGUGCAGGGGAACUCCAGUUAAAAACAGAUGAGGGAACUCCACAACCAAAGACAUUUUCCUCAAUGUUGCCAGUUAAAAAUAGAAAUACCUCUUCAUCCUGCAGGACCAUUAGCCCCACAAAAGACAGUAAGGAACACUUUUUUGACCUUUACAAAAAUUCCAUAGAAUUCUUUGAGGAGAUUAGUGAUGAAGCUUCCAAGUUAGUAGAUAAGCUUACCCAGUCAGAGAGGGAGCAAGAAUUAAUGUCAGAUGAUGAAAGUAGCAGUGCCCUGGAAGUUUCUGUAAUUGAAAAUGUGAUACCCGUUGAGAUGGAGCAGUCAGUGCGAGAGGACAUCUUUGAUACCAGGCCCAUUUGGGAUGAGUCCAUUGAGACUCUGAUUGAGCGCAUUCCUGAUGACAAUGGCCAUGACCAUGCUGAAGAUCUGCAGAAUGACCAAGAGCAUAUUGAAGAAAGGUUGGCUCAUAUUGCUGAUCAUCUUGGCUUUAGCUGGACAGAAUUAGCAAGAGAACUGGAUUUCACAGAAGAACAAAUUCACCAAAUCCGAAUUGAAAACCCUAAUUCUCUACAGGAUCAGAGUCAUGCAUUACUGAAAUACUGGCUUGAAAGAGAUGGUAAACAUGCUACAGACAAAAGCCUCACUGAGUGUCUAACUAAGAUCAAUCGGAUGGAUAUUGUUCAUCUAAUGGAAACUUGCAUCAUGGAACCUCUCCAAGAGCGAACUAGUCGUACUUAUGCAGAAAUAGAGCAGACAAUUGCACUAGACCAUAGUGAAGGGUUUUCGGUGCUUCAGGAAGAGAUGUGUACCCCACCACACAAGAAAAGGGAGCAAGCUGUUUCUAAAGAGCAUGAGUCAUUUUCUGAUCAUCCCCCCAUUGUCUCUGAAGAGGACAUUUCUGUUGGCUAUUCUUCCUUUCAGGAUAGCAUCUCUAAAACUGAGGGAGAGUUGACAGUAGAAGAGCUCACUCAACAAAUUCACAAAGAACGAAUGCAAACCGAGUUCUCAGGGAAACUUGAAGAUUUGAAAGAAGUUUCUCCCAUUGAUCACCAGCAAGAGUACUUUGUCACUACUCCAGGAACUGAACAGGAAGAACCAAGAAAAGUUGUCCAACUAACUGGUUUCCUCCUUAAAACACCUGAAGAAAUUACUGGAACUUUUGAAGAAGAGAGGCUCUAUAUCCCGACCCCAGCACCCAAUGAUCAAGGAGAAUCCCCCAUUGUGCAAGAACCUGAGGAGUUCCUUUUAAAUAAGGAUGAGAGCUCUCCAAGGAGAAGUAGUCUUGUCAUUAUAGAGUCAGCUGAAGACCAAGCACAGAAACUUGAAAAAUUUGAAGAAGAAUCUUUUGAAAAGGGAAAUGAAAUGCCUGACAUACCAUCAGAAACAGUGACAGAAGAAGAAUAUAUUGAUGAACAUGGACACACUGUAGUGAAGAAGGUCACCAGAAAGGUCAUUAGGCGGUACCUAUCCCCAGAGGGCAUAGAAAAAGAAGUUACUACGUGUGGAACUCUACAAGAGCCUGUGAUUAUUGAAGAAGGAGAUGGUUAUUCCAAAGUUAUAAAACGUGUAGUGUUGAAGAGCAACAGUGAACAAUCAGAGGUAACUUUCUCUGAGCCCAAUGUUUCACAAUUUCAAUCUGAGCCUGUGGAAGGCCGUAAGGUCAGCAAAGUUGUUAAGACAACCAUGGUACAUGGAGAAAGGAUGGAGAAACAUCUGGGGGAUGCUAGUUUAGCUACUGAUCUUCCAUCAGCCAAAGAUGACUUUGAAGAGGCUUUGAGUUAUGCAGGUAGCCAUGGGAAAGUCCAUCUACCUAGUUUAGUAGAAAAUGAAAUCAUGAAAGAGGAUGGAUCAGUUAUUAAAAGGACAACAAUGAAUAAAGCCGAGAGACAGAAGAGGACUGUAGUAAAAGACCAACAUGAAAAACACAUUCACUUGGAACAGAUGGAAGAUACACCAGAAGCACUAAAACCAGAUGACCUCCAACAUGACCUUCAGCAAUUUCUUAGAUAUUUCUGUAGGGAGGACUGGAAGCAUGAGGCCAAAUGAGGGGCUACCCACAUCUUAUAAAGAAAAUUACAUACCCACUUAAUAUGCAGCUUUCACUUUCUUCAGGAUGUGUAGUGAUCACAAAUUCCUUAAUUAAUGAAAUACACACAGUGACUUUGGUUUUCUUCUCUCCCCUCCUCUCACCCCGACCUUUCUUUUUUUUCCAUUUAUUUUUAAUUGUGACCAAAAAGUCACAAAAAUCACAAAGCUGAUUUGUGACCAAUUGGAUAGUUUACCCACUAAAUUGUUAUCUUUAUGCUGUACUGGGAACUUGCCACCUCAAUUGUUCCCUUGCUUCCAGCUAGUUCCGUGAGAAUCCUUUGAUCUGGACAACACCAUCUGCAGGCCUCUUCAUGUUCUGAUAUUCUGAUGAAAAUACCUACACAGACGGAAUAUAGAUAAAGUGCUUGAACUUACAAAACUUUCAAAGAAAAUGUAAAGGGUUUAUAGAAAUUGCUGAACAAUAAAGAUAUUGCUAACACAAUCGACUAAAAAUACAGAUCUGUGCAAAGCUACCUUGACCAUAGGACUUCCAGCUUAGUAAUCUCUCACCAUGAAGGGCUGUAAGGGUCAGGUGAUGAUCACUGUCAAGUACAGCCCUUUACUAUGAAGUGCCCACUGGCUGUGCCCAUCUACACUUUAAGACUCUUAACUGCCACUUAAAGAAUUCUGGGGGAUAAAACCAUUGGAGAAUUAAAGAAAAUGAUUAAAUAAUCAAAUCUCUAGCAGCUAAACUACAUCCUAUGGUACAUUUGAAUCUUAAGAUCUUUCCAAUUUGGGACUCAUGGGCAGGGUGUAUUAAAUAGAUGUAACAUAGUCAUUUUUUGUUCUCACUGCUUUAGUAAAUCACAUUGUCUUACUGAUGUGGUACCUUCUGCUGGCCACUGCAUUGUAGAUAACUCAGUGGAAAACAAGGUUUACUUUUUAGACAUACAGUUAAAUUCUCACCAUAUUUGUUUGGUUUUUUUAAAUUUUCUGGAUUGCCUCUUCCCAGAUAUACAUGCAUGUGGCAUUUACAAAACUCAACCCCAAAACAAAAAUCCUCUUAUAAUUAUAUUAAGAGCUUAUCAUCCUUAUUCUUAGCACUGAGUGAUCAGUUUUGAACUUCAGAAUGAGAUUGUUUUCUGUUUGGUAAUGAGGUUCAGAAGAUUUGGUUUGGGUUAGUAUUUUUGAUUUUUUGUUUACAUUUUUGGCUAACAUGCUACUUACAAGAAAUAUUUCUGCAUUUUUUUUGUUUGAUUCAAAGAAGGGAAUAUAAAAUCUGAGAAAUUUACAUGUCCUAUACCUUAUUCUUCUAGUGGUUGGAGCUGUGUAGUAUUUUAACACACACACAUACACAUAUAUAAAACACACACAAAUAUCUACAUAUAAACAAUAUACAUUUUGAAUCAGUUAUUUGAUAAAGUAUAUUCAACGUUGAAGAGUGGAAAAAAUGAGUCAAUCCUCCAGGGACUGAAAAUUUUCUAAUUCUAUCUAGUCUUUUCCUGUUGUGGGGGGAAAAAAUGAUUCACUCUUGCUCUAAAAAUAAAAAAAAUAAAAAACAAAGGCUGCAUACAAUGGCAUUUGAUCAUUAAAAUAACAAUGCCAAGAGGGGGAAAAAAACAAACAAAUCUUUCUUGAGAGGCAAAGCUGUUCAAAGGCCAAAGCUUCUAAGUCUCCAGUACUAGCACUUUUUGGCAGUCAGAUAGAAAAUAAAGUGUUCUUUGGCAGUCAAAAUGAGAGAGGUCUAGGGUAGAACAUUUAAGACACAUCCUGGCUUUCUCCUUGUCAAGAACAGCAUUGAUUGACCUUUAAUGAAGCUCAAGAAAAGCAUUUCUUUUGUGUUUCUUGCGGUGCAGAUGAUGUCUGUGUAACAACAUAAUGGUUAUUCACCUUUUUUGAUUUUGGUUUUUUGCUGUGUUAUCAAAAAACUUGAAUACUGUGAGAAAAAAAGUGAAUUUUAAGUUGAUGAAUCAGCAUCUUGUUCCCAUGGUGAUAACACCAAUUGAAUAUAUCUAUGAGGGCAUGUAUUAGUUAAAGGAAAAAAAAAUACACUAACAACACAUAGCUGCAAUGUGUACAAUGGCUGAUUUAAUUAAAUAAAUUGUACAAGUGUUAAAUGUA